AUGGCACAGUUCACCUACGAGUCAGUAAAAUACUUCAGUGUCCGGUUUCCGGCUGAAUAUCAAUAUGUCGCCCAUGUGGAGAUCAAUCGCCCAGACAAGAUGAAUGCCUUCUUUGAGGCGAUGUGGAUCGAGAUGGGCCAGCUCUUCGACCAACUCUCCCAGGACCCCUCAGUCCGGGCCAUCGUCCUCAGCGGCGCGGGCGACAAGGCCUUCACAACGGGCCUGGACGUAACCGCCGCGUCGGAAGGCCUCCUCUCAGACGAAAGCAACAACGGCCCACUCGAUCCCGCACGCAAGGCCGUCCACUUCCGCCGACACAUCGCCUCUUUCCAGGACUGCAUCACAGCCGUCGAGCGCUGCGAGAAGCCCGUCAUCGUCGCCAUGCACGGCUUCUCGCUCGGGCUGGCGGUGGACCUGUCCACGGCAGCGGACGUGCGCGUGUGCGCGCGCGACACCCGGUUCGCCGUGAAGGAGGUGGACAUCGGGCUGGCGGCGGACAUCGGCACGCUGAGCCGGCUGCCCAAGGCCGUGGGGAACUUUGGGUGGGUGAAGGAGGUGGCGUUGACGGCGAGGAUCUUCGGUGCGGAAGAGGCGCUGCGCGUCGGGCUCGUCAGCUCGGUGUAUGAGUCGAAGGCGGCGGCUGUGCAGGGGGCGCUGGCCAUGGGCAAGCUGAUCGCGUCGAAGAGCCCCGUCGCCGUGCAGGGCACGAAGGAAAUUCUGAAUUACUCGCGGGACCACUCCGUGCAGGAUGGUCUUCGAUAUACGGCUGUGUGGAAUAGUGCUGCGCUGCAGACCAAGGACAUCUCUGCAGCGUUGCUGUCGGGGCUGAAGAAGCGCACUCCUACUUUUGAGAAACUGUAA